AUGGACAGCAUGGGGUAUAACAAGGCGCUGCAUCACUUGGAAGGCACCGGCUCAAAGUUUGCGAAGGAGACGCGUGUUCGCUUGCGAGAGUUGGAAGCCAAGGUCAGCACAGCGGUCUCGUUAGAGCGAGCCCUCGAGCAAGCGCAAAGGCAACGUAGAACCAAGGAGGGUAGCCGCACGUUUCAAACAAUCCUCACCGCUGCGGCGUUUCCCGUGGACGACGUAGACUGGGCUCCAUCGGUGUCAGCAAGACGUAGGGCAGCGGCGCUGGGGGUUCGCGAGCAAGCCUUCAACUUUGCGGCGGAGCGUGCCAAGAAAAUGCUGUCCGAUCGCCAACCAACCGAGGCGAUAAAGCGCGGUGUCUACUGGUUUUGGCCCCGAGCUAAGCAAAGCAAUGCCGCCAGCGAAGAGCUGCUGGAGUUGAUGAGACAGUACUGGCACACGGACGAGCUUACGGAGCCGGUUGGGGGCGAGGCGGUGUACGCCAAGUUCCUCAACUGGGCGUCCUACAAGAGCUUCAAGGAGCGACAGAGCGACAACUUCACGGACCCUGGCCGUACGCUCUUCCUCUCGACGCGUUGCAAGUGCCUGGUCCUCCCUGCAAUGGAGCAGUGCGCGUGCAAGAUCCACUCGCAGCAGGUGCUAUACAUCGAGGCGCUAGCCAAUGUCGACAUGACCAGCCACGGGGAAUGCGAUUGUCGAUGGUGCAACGUAGAUGGCGGCCGCAGGUGGCGGGAAACGUGGAAGCAUAUGGGCACUUUCUCCGAUGCAAUUGCCUGCCCCAAGGUCAACUUGCGGGCAGCGGACCCAGAGGGUGACAGUUGGAUGGGGCGGAAACCGGAGUGCAACGCUUUGCACUGCGCUAUGUGUGGGUUCGGGGGGACUGACGGCAUUUCCAUCUGCAGCAAGCUGGAGACCUCCGAGCAGACGGUGGUGUGGAAGAUGUUCGAGGACGUGAUAACUGUGCCUGCAUCGGCGGAUGGGAAGAUCAAGGCCAAAAAGCUCGCCAACCAGACGGUGCCGAAGGAGGGCAAGCUUUGCGAUCUUUGGUUGGCUUUCAAAGAGCACACCAAGCUGUACAUGGCUCACCACUCUAUCGCCAAGUGGCAAAGGCACUGCCACGGGCGUUGCUUGGAGACGUUUCAGGACGGUGACCUUGUCAUCGAGACCGACUUUGCCGAGAAGGCGCACGUGACGGAAACAUGGAUCUUUGUAUCUGAGGACAUGGCACAUGACUGCGAUUUGCACCUGCACGGCUUGGCCAGGAUGGCGGACCACUACCUGCGUGGAGAUGGGAGCGAAGCAACAGCUGCCGCCCGGAAAGAAGGCAGGACGCCUCGGAUUCACAUCUUUACCGAUGGGUGCGGGAAGCAGUACAAGGGAAGGCGGAGUUUCCGCUUUUUGGCCGACAGCGUCCGGCAAAUUGGCUCCUUCAUCGACCACCACUUCGCGGCCACAUCUCACUUCAAAGGUUGCCAUGAUGGGAUCGGCGGAGUCGCAAAGAACGCCAUGAAGAGGAGGGAGAGAUUUGGCAAGCGAAUCAUGGGGGCGGACGGGGUGGUCAGCUUUUUGCGAAGCUUCUUUCGGGAGAAGGCAGGCAGCGAGGGGGAGGAGGGUAUGCGGAGGUACUUCGCGAAGUGGUCUCCGUACCGCAUGCGGAGGGUGCACGUCGAGUUUAUCAGUAAGAAGGAGAUCUAUCGGCCAAACUCGAUCCUGGAAGGGGUAGAGGGUACACGAGAGAUGUACCACUUUGCGGGAGCAAACACUCCCAAGUGGGAUGGGUCCACCUCAACCAAGGGACGCGAAGAUGACUGUAAGCUCGUGCUGAAGAGCGAGGGGCAGGGCCAGAUGUCGAGUCUAGAGAAGAGCCGGUUGCGGGAAGUCAAGGUGUUGGGUGCAGUAGGGAGCAGAUGGAAGGGUCAGGGGGCUGGGUUGCAGGAUCUGAUAUCGGGGGAGGAAGACGUGACUUGCAAGAAGGUGAAACGGACCUACAGUCUCAGGACUCGUUUAGCGUCGUGCUUCUGCUCGGCAUGCCGGCGUUCUGAGUAUGAGCAGUACUACGUUAGCAAGACGUACCCCCGUCUCGUUCCCGCAAUGGAGGAUGGCGUAGUGAAGGAAACGGUGAUCAUGGACACUGGAGUAGCGCCCGNCGGCGUGCCGGCGUUCUGA